AUGAAGUAUUUACCAGUUCACGAUUUCGAGGCUGUCACGAGCGCGCUCAACUUCAACACACCAGACUGCAACGUCACGGGCGGAUGCGAUUUGUACACGACCAAGUCGGCAGGGUCGGACAAGAAGCUUUACAAGAAUAUCGACAAGGAUCUCAACUCCCAGCAUGCGGCAUUGCUUAAACUUGGCGCAAGCCUGUCGCCGCCGAACCGCGAGCAGAUGCUGGCCACAUCCCCCAGCAUGCAGAUGUUCUCGCGCUGCAGCGCUUUCGGGCCCCUUUCGGAACUAUCCAGCAGGAGAACGUUUGCGUACCUGAUUGCGACGCUCAACGCGAGCCACCCGCACUACGAUUUUUCGCACGUCCUGCGCCCCGAAGACUUCAAGCGGGAGAGGAACCUGCGCCGGGUCAUGGUCAGCCUGGACUCGAUACUCCAAAACGUGCGGCCGGGAUUCGAGGCUGCCUCUCUGGAGUCGUCGCUGGGCAGCGAGGUCGACUCGGUGUGGGGUCCGCAAUGCUGGUCCCUGAUUGACAAGGAAAUGCGCCUCAACGAGUGCACCGUCUUCAGCUACCACCCCGAUCCAGAUCCGUUCGAGGAAGACGAAAGCGCCAUCUGGGCGGUACAUUAUUUCUUCUUCAGCAGAGCUCUGAAGCGGGUCGCCUACCUGUACGUGCGUGUCGUUCCAGUCCUCUCGUCGACCAGCCCGACGCUGCGGCCGAUGCGCGUCGGCCAGCCCAAGAGACACUUCAUGGACGCCGAUGCCGACGGGGCGACGAAACGAGCCAAGUACUGGCUCGGGGAACGCCACGCCGAAAUCGCCAGCUCCUUUGACGACGGCGAGGCGCAACUGGACGACGGGCUGUUCUGGAACAGAGGGGAAGACGGCGACCUCGUCUUGUUUUCCGAGGAUGACUAUCUGGGAGUGGACGACGAGGACGACGAUGCUGACGAGGACGAGGACGAGGACGAUUCGCACGCGCUGGACAAGGACCGGAUAAGCGAAGACGUUGCCGGACGGAUGGAGAUUUGA